CUAUAGAAACAGGAUACUAGUUACUGGUUUUUGUUUACCUUAACAACCACAGAGUAACCGGAGAGUGAGUGAGGCUGAUUAGCUUGCUACCGUCCGUUCAAUAAACAAGCGAAAAAAUACAAUUGAUUCAGUUAUUAUUGUAAUUAUUUUGUAGAUAUAAAUUUAGUUAGUAAAUGGUGUUGGGAUGGACUCUGAAUCUUUGCAUUACUCGUUGGAUUUAGCCGCCGGUAAUGGUUUGACUCUGAGCAGCGAGCAGAGAGCCGCUCUUCAGACCUCGCUGGUUAUUCUGAAAAGAAACUACAAAUUCAGCCGGGUAUUAUUUGGGGGAAAGAUUUUGGGGAUAAAAUGCGACUAUUUUAUUGCUCAAGGAGUUGAAGAUGAUGAAAUGAAGAACAAAAAGUAUUUGUACAGUUUAAACUGCGUGGAUUGGCACCUGUUACCCCCAGCCACUGAGUCCAUGAUUGCAGAUGUGGCAUUAGCAGCACAAGGCCGAUUCACAGGCGACCCAUCCCAUGAGUACGAGCACACAGAGAUGCGCAUUAAGGGAGAGGGGGACGAUGCCACGGAGGAAGAGGUCACGGUGAAAGUGAAUGAGGCGAGUAGACUGGCAACAGCCGUGUCAAACAUCGAUAAAGAUGCAUCUGUAGUGCCACGUGGUGCAUUUACCAAGAGCCCCAGCGGCAAAGUGCUUACAAACCGAAGCUUUGGAGGUCUAGAUCCCAUUGAAGCUGCAAAACUGCGCAACUAUCUGCACUUCCGUGAGCCAGUUAACCUGAAAAAGAAGUCCAUCCUGGAAAUGUCACACCUAAACCCUGCUAUUGACUUCCUAGAUCCUUUGAGCGAGGACAUUCCUAAAGGGUCAUGGAGCCUCCAGCUUGAGCGGGGUGGGACUAUGUGUGUAUUACGCAGUUUGCUCUGGCUGGGUCUCACCUUCUUCCACAUUCCCCAGACCCCUCAGCAUGGGUACAUCUACAUGGGAGACGGACUGAUGAACCUUGACCUGCCCUUCAUGUUAUAGCAGCCAAAAGGAUUUUUUAUGAAGACGGCAAAAGCUUCAAUCUUGCUCUAAGCGUGAAUGUGUAAUCAACUCUGUGAUUUACUUGCACUGUAAUUUUCUUUAUUUAAUUGAAGGAAAACAUAAACAUGUCAGCAUGUUUGGAAAGUUGAAGUUGCAUUGGUGUUUCAACCUUUCAGGCAGUCACAAACGUUUACCUUGGUUUUUCUUCGUUG